GCUCGCUAGCGCUAGGUAUAGGUAGCUGCUAGCAUCAAAGGAGUGCAAUGGAUCAGCACUUAUCAAGUAGUAGUUUUGGAAUCAAGAACCUCCGCUCCAACUCACUGCUUCAUGAACGUUGGUGCUGUGUUCUUAUCAAAAGGAUUGGACCUGAACCCACCACCGACCGCUUCAUGGCCAUCAUUGGCCCUAAUGAGCAAGUUACUCCUGGAAAUGCUUUAGCUGUCAACUCAACACGACAGUUCGGUGCAUUGCAGUCGUUUGGAAAUACUUUCUUGGGCCGAUUCGAGGCUUCGUUUUUGCCUAGUCCAGUCCUCAGGAGUAUAACCAUCAUUGACACUCCGGGGAUAUCGGGAGAGAAGCAACGUUUACAUCGUGGGUACUCUUACUUUCUAGUGUUUGAUACUCAAGAAAAGCCAACCAAUUUCCAAAUGAGAGUUCAGAGCAAUAAUCGACUGAUGUUGCCCCCCACUCUCAGUCUGUGUAUACUGUUACUGAUAUUCCGCUUACUGUUACAGUCAGGAGAUAUUGAAGCAAACCCUGGACCAACGCUUGCCUCAAUUCUGACUAGCAAUGAUUUGAAAUCUGUUUACAAGAACUUGAUAAAAGCCGCUGGAAACUGGUUCGACCUGGGACUUGAUCUGGGAUUAGGCGUUGACAUCCUUAGUAAUAUCCGUGAUGAACAUCGAGACAAUCAAACCUGUCUACGUGAAAUGCUAACUGCUCGCAUAAAAACUGGCCAUCUCACUUAUUCUGAAAUAUGUCGGAGUCUCAGAGAAUCAACAGUUAAUCGGAAUGAUGUCGCUGAGGCUAUAGAGGAGGCAUGUACAGAUGACGAUACUUCACCUGGACCAUCUAAGAGGCAUAAAUUUCCCACAACGAAUCCUGGACCAAGCAUAGAAUCUGGAUCAGGCUUUGCGGUGGGACCUGAUUUUCCAGUUGCACAGGUUGGGAUCAAGAGUACUAGCCAAGGUUCUAAUCACGGUUAUAACACUCUGAUGGAAUGUCACAUCAAAGUGUGUAAAGGACUCUCCAGCGACUCAUCGAACAUUGCUCAAUCUCUUCAUGGCAAAGGGUUAAUUUCUGCAGCACUUAUGGAAGAAGUACGUACACUACCUGGCACGAAAUUGGAAAAGGGAAACAGACUGUAUACAGCUAUACUAGAAUGUGUCAAAGCCUCUAGAAAUAAGUAUUCUGAUUUUAUGUCUGUGCUAGAAAAAAACAAGGUCCUCCACAGUGAUCUCUUAAUAACUCUCCGGAAUAGACACUUCAAAAUUUGCAAUGAGUCAGUAAAGGAGAAAGUCGAGAAUACCAACAAAGUGAUUAAAACGGUUAUAUCGAUAGCCAAGAAGCUCGAAAUGUACACUCAUUCUCAAGAGCUCGAAAGAAUAUCUUCAGCGUUAGAAUCUGACACAGUCCAAAUAGGAUUUGUUGGCUUAACUAAUGCUGGCAAAAGCACAACUGCUAAUUCCUUUAUAGGCUCGCCUUUUUUUCCACCAUCGUUUCGAAGGCAGACGGAUAGCUCAAUCCGAAUUGUACACCAUCCAAAACUUCCAAAUGGAGAACUUGUUGGAAGACAAAAAUAUAGUGAUGGCUUAGUUCGUCUUGCAUCAGGCGUUGAAUCUGUUCAAUCAUUUAUUGAGAAACUGAAUAUCGAUGAUUGCGAUAAGGACAUUCACUACUCAGAACUCAUUCUCUAUGCACCUGUUGCUAUUUUAUCAGAGAUUAAACAAACUUUUGCUCCUGAAAUCCUUGAAAUGCCUGGCACCAGUGAUACAUUUACAAGUCAGAAAACAACUGCUGCAGCAAAAACAGCUUUAAAAAGCCUAGCAGCCAUCAUACUUGUUGUCAGUGCCGAUGAUGUAUCUAAGGGUGCAGUGACAGAGCUUGUUGAGGGUAUAAAAACAUUGCAUCCUGGCCUGAUGGAAAAACAAAACAGAAUACUAGUGCUCAUCAACAAAUACGACCUGUGCUAUGAUGGGAAUAAAUUUUCCUGGACUCCUGAAAAACUUCAAAUGGAAAUGGCUGAGCAAAUUGGAAUAUCAAUAGAGCAAACGGUAUGCUUUAGCGCUACAUUUGCACAAGAAGCACAAAAAUGGCUACGAGAUCCUUCUGCUGUAACCAAAGACAUGUAUGGCAAAAAGUAUUAUGAUUUACGAUUAACACCCGAAUGUGAUACCGUUGGUUCUUUGGAAAAGUACACAAAAGAAAAUGUAAAGAAACUAGCUGAGGUUCUUGAGAAAUUUAGUGGAUUCCAAGAAGUUAAAACAAAGCUUCAGUGGGCACUCUGUGUUAAUGGUUCCGAAAUUCUUUUGGAGAGUGCUGUGGACGAUUGUCGUGGGGAAAUUUCAAAGAUGGAAGCAGCCAUUACCCAGAAAAAACAAGAACUUGAUAUACAAGGAAAGGAGAAAAGUGUAGAGGAACAAAGAGCUCAGGUGAAAACAGUUAGUCAAUUUUUACAAAACACUUGCGAGUUUAAAACUUCUUUCCCAAAAAUGGUAGCUCAAUCUUUUGCUUUUAAAUUGAAUACAAUUACUUCAAAACUUGUGAAUGAUAUCAGCACACAAGCUUUCUUCAAUUCAAUAAGUCUCAAAAAAGAGCAUGAUAAUGAACAAUAUGUAUUGCAGUGUGUAGAGCGUACUCGACAAACCAUGCUUAAAAGCGCAGAAGACAAGGUCAACAACACUUGCAUUGUUGGUAUUGCAGAAAUGAAAGAGAUCUUAUCCAUAAAAUUUAAAUCGAUGCUAAAAGGUCUCCAGCAAGAUUUAGUCAUACACCAGCUCACUGACCUCCUUGACUUUAAUGGUGUGGAUCCAAACAAACUACUAGACACCCUUGUAUUUCCAUCUGUCAAGCAACCAGACUUUGUGAAAUGCACAGCUAUCAGUGAUGAAGCUAUUCGACCUGCUAUCAGACCUUCCACGAGGAAAAGGCAGAAACACAUAACAGCGAGCAUGGAAUUCCGGUGUUUAGUCUUUUCUUCUGCGACAAUCGAAUAUUCUAAGGUGGUUAAUUACGACGAAAAGGUGUUUGAAAUAGAUUUUGAGAGCCUUAAUACAUCAUUUAAACAGCUUGCUGAAUUUUGUUCAAAGCAUGUUCAGACUUCUCUACGGGAGAUCUUGGAAGAUGUAACUAGCAAGUUAUCUCAAGCACUUAUGUGUGAGCUACAGAAGCUAUCAAAAGAGCCAAUUCAAUUGAAAAAGAACGAGCUAGAAGUAACAGAGGAAGAUCUUCAAAAUUCCAAGAAAGAAAUUACGAAAUUCAAGAAUGCAUUCCAAGCACUUAUGGAUGCUGAUAGAAAACUUCGUAACUCAGUGUCUCCUGCCGGGAAAAAAAGGGCACAUGAAGAGGCAUCAUCAUCAAUCAAGAAGCCUGCUCCCAAAAAACCAAAGCCAUCCAAAGGACGCUGGCGCAGACGCUAACAUUAACCAAACUGUACUUUUAAGUGACUUAUUAUAAUUUAAUUGUGCGUGUUAAUUAUAGGAGAAUUAUUUUGUGUACCACACAAUGUAUGCAUGCAUGUACAUUUACAGCCAUAUAA